AUGACCACAGCAAGCGAUGAUACCCUGACCAAGGUGUCCACUGAGGCUGCCACUGAGCUAAUCAACACGUUCUAUCCGGCGCUCCGAAACGACCGCAGCUCCAUCGGUUCAUUCUACCUUCCUACACCGUCCACUAUCCUCUUCAAUGGCAACUCGGUUGCCGACGGUGCAGCUGUCCAAGACAUUUUCCUCAAUCAGAUGCCUGAUGCGCACUACGAAGUGCAGUCCUUUGAUUGCCAGAUCCUCAACCGCGCAUACCCAACUGCGACAGCGACGGGCGUCAAACCACCCUCCGAGAUGACAGUCAAGGACAUGUCGAUUCUGGUUAUGGCUAGUGGACAUGUGCGAUAUGGAGAGAACCGUGACCAGCCCCAGCGCGGCUUCAGUGAGACUUUCGUGCUGGUGCCCAACCCGAGCUCUGAACGUGGCAAGCGCCGGAGGGACUGGCUGAUCCAGAGUCAGAAUUUCCGUCUAGUGGUUUGA